GGGAUUAGGCAGUUCAUUGAGUCUCGUUGUGUGAGCAGUGAUUUAGCGGCAGCAUCAACGAGGUUGGUAGGCAGGCACAGCUGGAGACCACAUGCAUGUCAGAGAGGGAGAGACUGUCUCGUCUGGUCUUGUAUAGCGGCAGUGCUCCUUCUGUACUGUGUUUGUCACAGAGAGGCAGAGUCAAGCUCCUCGUCUAAGCAACGGAUGGGAUGGACUGCUGAUUUACUAGCCCUCUUCCUUUCCUGUUACCGUUCGUGGAUAAGCGACAAUGACAGAUCCAUCCCUCUGUGGAGGACAGAGGAGUGGGGAGGCAGGAAGACGAUGCAGUCUCACUCAGUCAGCCAGUAGCAAAUAGGACUCUGGAAUCGACACACUUCAGUGUUCUGUACAGAUCACGGGCUGUAAAAUGCCUGAUUUACUACUGGAUCAUUUCUAUGGAAAAGGGCCUUCAUUUGUUUGGAGUCUGUGCAUUCAACUCAGUGGCGACUGAUCCGUGGUCGACCCCCUCUAUCACAGACUGAUGUAUGACCUGUGCACCAGGCCCGAGCAGCCACCGGAACCCGAACCGGAGCAGCCACCGGAACCCGAACCGGAGCAGCCUGUGUCUGCAGCGAAUACAGACGAUAUGGAAGGGAGAUGCCGUGGAGAGGCUGAGGCCCCAGGACAGCAGAACCGAAUACAGCAGGACAGGGAUACUAAGACGGAGGAGCAUGGUAAUACUACUACUAUUACCAAUGGGGACUCAAUGGACAAGGCAAAUCUAGACACUACCUCUACCACUGUUACUACCCCUGUGACACCCAAGAGGCACAACUCACUUUACAAGGACCUCAACGACUGCGAGGUGGGAGGGUUUCGCAAGAACGGCACUGACUAUGGCUUCCUGAUGCGUCAGAACUCCGAGCUGCUGCGAUCUCUGGAUGAGAUGGAGAAGACCUGCAACCACCUGAGAGAGGAGAACGGCCUGCUGCGUAAGAGCAGCGCCCCGGAGACGGAGGAGAAGGUGAAGCGUCUGAGGAGGAAGAACAUAGAGCUGGCUGUCAUCGCUCGGAGGCUGGAGGACAGAGCACACAAACUACAGGAGGCUAACCUCAAAAUGGUGAAUGCCCCAGCUCCGGUGGAGCAGUACAAGCGGGCGUUCGCCCGUCAACGAGCCCGUGAUCUGGCGCAGCACGCAGACACAUUGCUCUCCAAGGACAAGGAGAUCGCCGUCCUGCAGCAGGAGUGUAGGGAGAUGGAGACGCGCUUGGGCACAGCCAAGGGCUCCCCAGUCCCGUCUGGCGUAGUGGAGUUUGAGAGGCUGCUAAGGGAGUCCCAGAAGGAGGUGCUGAGGCUCCAGAGGCAACUGUCAAUCUCCUCCUCCAGAGUCAUCUCCCCUAAAGACACUUCCUGUAAAGACACCUCCUGUGAAGACACCUCCUUCAGAGCCACCUCCCCUAAAGACAUCUCCUCCAGAGUCACCUCCGCUAAAGACACCUCCUGUAAAGACACCUCCUCCAGACUCAGCUCCUCUAAAGACACCUCCUGUAAAGACACCUCCUCCAGACUCACCUCCUCUAAAGACACCUCCUGUAAAGACACCUCCUCCAGAGUCACAUCCUCUAAAGACACCUCCUCCAGAGUCACCUCCCCUAAAGACAUCUCCUCCAGAGUCACCUCCUAUAAAGACACCUCCUGUAAAGACACCUCCAGAGUCACAUCCUCUAAAGACACCUCCUGUAAAGACACCUCCUCCAGAGUCACCUCUUCUAAAGACGCCUGUUGCAGAGUCGCCUCUUGUAAAGAUACCUCUUGUAAAGACACCUCUUGUAAAGACACCUCCUGUAAAGAUCCCUCUGGCAAGAAACACAACGGACACGAAAGGCCCUGCAUAACAAAGGAGGAAAGGGAGGAGAAGGUUGCAGCAGAGACCCAAUUAUUGGCGUUAAAUGAGGCUCCAGCCAGGUGUGAGGAGACUCCCAGAGAGGAGGAGGGGCCACGAGUGAUCCCAACUCCGCCGGGGCCCGCCCCCACCCCGAGCCACUCCCACCAGAAGGAGCACAUAGAAGAUCAAAGACUACAGUUGCUGGAAUGUGAGCUGAGCAAGAAGAGAAAAGAAUGUGAAGACUUGGAACAUGAAGUUAGGAAGAGACAGAAGGGAUGUCUGGAUUUGGAGAGCCAGCUUGAGGAUGAGCGAGGCAAAAAUGGGCAUCUAGAGGAGGAGGCAGAUCUCCUCAGGAGGAAGGCACAGCUGCUCGACCAGACCUGGGUUGAGAAUGAGGAGCUGAGAGAACACCUCUCUGAAGUGACCGCUCAACGUGAUUCAGGUCUCAAGGAGAACCAGAGACUCCGUGUCAAACUGGAUAACCUGGAGCAGGUCCUAAAGCAUAUGCGAGAGGUCGCCGAGCGCAGGCAGCAGCUGGAACUGGAACAUGAGCAGGCACUGGCUAUCCUCAAGUUCAAACAGAAUGAGAUCAAACGACUACAGCGGGCAGAGUUUUUUGCCAAGAGGGAGCAUGAGGGAGUGGUACAGCUGCUGGAGUCUAAGGUGCGGGAGUUGGAGGAUAAGUGUCACAGCCAGAGUGAACAGUUCAGCCUGCUCAGCCACGAGCUGGAGACCUUCAGACUACAGGCUGGCAAACUGGACCUGUCUGGCUCCACCAUCCUCACUAACCCCCCUCACUGCCAUCUGACCAACGGGGUGGGCCUCACCGGAGAAGUGGCAACAACUCUACGGAUGGGGGCCACCCCUCACGCUGCGGGUCUCACACGCUCCCCCACCGUAAAGCACCGUGAGCUGCCCACCAUCAGCCUGACCAAGUCCUCCAGCACCCCCAAGUCUGCCUCUGAUACCACCCACCUCUCCCCCAAGUCAGCCGAGUCCCACCACAGCCCCCACCACAACCCACGCAGGACCAGCCCCACGCCACACGAGGUUGACACGGCCAGUGAAGUGGAGGAGCUGGACAUCGAUGUAUCCCCAGCGCCUUACACAGCUCUCAGGGGAGCCUCCCAGCUACAGGUGUUCAUUGCCAGAUACAGCUAUAACCCUUAUGAUGGUCCCAAUGAUAACCCAGAGGUGGAGCUGCCUCUCACCGCUGGGGAGUACAUCUAUGUUUAUGGCGGUAUGGAUGACGAUGGCUUCUAUGAAGGAGAGCUGAUGGACGGGCGAAGAGGGCUGGUCCCCUCCAACUUUGUGGAGCGUGUCUCAGACGACGACAUGAUAAGCGCCCACGUUCCCGAGGGCACGGAUAUAUCCCACAACUCCCUGCUGGACAGCAGCCUGCACAGCGCCAGUCACCAGCACCACCUCUGCCUUGGGGGCCCAGGUACCUCUGAGAGGACAGACCCUACGUCAGCAGCCUCCGUCCCGGUUUCUCUCUCCGUCCCCUCAGGGGAGCAGUACCCCUCGGAUCCAUCCCUCCCAGCCCCCCUCACCAACGGCCUGGAUCUGGACCUAGAGGUGGGGGUGGGCACUGUGCCUUACCCGCGCAAGCUCACCCUCAUCAAGCAGCUGGCCAAGAGCAUCAUCAUCAGCUGGGACGGACCGCUGGUGCCGGCGGGCUGGGGCAACGUGUGGAGCUACAAUGUAUACGUGGACCAGGAGCUGAAGCUCAACGUGCCCUUCGGCUCCCAGACUAAAGCUGUCCUAGAGAGACUAGACGUCACCCUCAAGGCCUACCGGGUGUCUGUGCAGAGCCUGACGGAGCGCGGCAACUCGGACCAGCUCCGUUGCUCAUUACUGGUGGGCAGGGACGUGUGUGUGGCGCCCACCCAGCUCAGAGUCGACCGGGUCACCGCCACUUCGGCCAGCCUGGCCUGGCUGCCGAGCAACAGUAACUAUGUGCAUGUUGUGUCCUUGAACGAGGAGGAGAUGGAACUGGUGAAGGCUGGCAGCUACUCACUGUGCCUCGGUAACCUCACGCCCAGCCUUCAGUACACUGUCAAGGUGGAAGCUCAGCCGCACCAAACCCCCUGGGAGAUUCCCCAGGAGAGACGGGAACACAAGACCGCCACCACCACCUUCAUCACGCUGGCCGCAGGCCCCCCAGACGCUCCUCUGGGCGUGCAGCUGGAGCAGGGGCCGUCCCCGGGAAUCGCCCUCAUCAGCUGGCUGCCUGUCACCAUCGAUGCUGCUGGGACCUCCAACGGGGUCCGCGUCACUGGAUACACAAUCUACGCUGACAAGAGAAAGGUGUUGGAGGUGUCAUCCCCAACGGCGGGCAGUGCCCUAAUGGGCCCGUCUCAGAUCCAGUCCCUGAUGGCAGCCCACGAGCUCACUGUGCGCACCAUGUCUGCCCAUGGGGAGUCCAUCGACUCUGUGCCAGUCAACGUGCCCGCCAAGUUGUCCAACAUCAUGACCGGCCAGGCUUCGGCCGUCUCCUGCUCCUCGUCAACCCCCAUUCGUCAGUCAACCCCUGUCCACCAGUCGCCACCCUACCAGUCACCCCCAGUGCAUCAGUCAACCCCUGUCCACCAGUCGCCCCCUACCAGUCACCCCCAGUGCAUCAGUCAACCCCUGUCCACCAGUCGCCCCCUACCAGUCACCCCCAGUGCAUCAGUCAACCCCUGUCCACCAGUCGCCACCCUACCAGUCACCCCCAGUGCAUCAGUCAACCCCUGUCCACCAGUCGCCACCCUACCAGUCACCCCCAAUGCAUCGGUCAACUCCUGUUCACCAGUCGCCCCCCUACCAGUCACCCCCAAUGCAUCGGUCAACUCCUGUCCACCAGUCGCCCCCCUACCAGUCACCCCCAGUGCAUCAGUCAACUCCUGUCCACCAGUCGCCCCCCUACCUGUCUUCGUCACCACCCUUCCAGCCCCAAUCCCCAUCUUAUGGGAACUCAGCUGCCAAAGUGUCCACGCUGCCCUACGCCACUGCCUCGCCGCCACUAGACGUCGCCACGCCAUGGGCCCUAACAGGGCCCUCCACACAGAGGCCUGCUCCCCACACCCUGCCUCGUACGCGGAGGUCUGGGCUAACCCCUUAGCAAAAUCUCCUGUCCCCCCUUGGGCUGCCUUGGCAGUGCUUGAGGCUAUGUCAUCUCCAGUAGCACUAAACUAUCAGGCCAUGCUACCAUCAGUACCGUCAGCCUAUCAGGCCAUGCUACCAUCAGCUUCUCACAUCAACACAACGAGCCCACAUCUAGGCCCAGCAGCGGCCACGGAGCAGAGCAGAGCAGACACAGACCGCCCCAGAGUUCUUCGUCCUGUCAUGUCCAUCACAGACUUUCUCCCUGUGGAGGACGACUCCCGUGUCAACCUUUCAACCCCUGAGCCCUACCCCACCCCGCCCAAGGCCCUUGUGCCACCCGCUGGGGACCUCAUCAACCCCCUGGACACACAGCCUCUCCGGCCCCCCAGAGCCCCCUCUCCCCUGGAGUCAGAACCAGACUACUCCAUGGAGAGGCCGACCACACGCUUGGUGUCCAUGGAGGAGUUCCUCAGUCAGGACCAGGACACAGGCUUCAACAGGCAGCAGCGGUAUACCGCCGGUCCGAUGGAGCCAGAGAGCAGUAGGGGAUCUGACCUGUCUGAUAUCCUGGAGGAAGAGGAGGAUGACCUCUACUCUGACCCCCCUGGAUCCGCCUUGGCCCGGGGGUACACCACCGGAGCCAACAGGGAGUCUGGCAGAGACCUGUCGAUGGAGGCUGGUGCUGGGUGGAGCGGACAGCCUGGACUAUCUCCUAAACUGACCAGGUCAGAGGUCAUACAUCAGCUCAAAGAGAGCAUGGAUCAUUCAUGGCCUAUAGGAGACAAUGAGGUGCGUAUCUUUGUGGCUCUGUUCCCCUACGACCCUGUCAACAUGUCUCCCAACCCCGACGCUGCUGAGGAAGAACUGCCCUUCAGAGAGGGACAAAUCAUCAAGAUCUACGGAGACAAAGACUCGGAUGGAUUCUACCGCGGCGAGUCGAGCGGUCGUCAUGGUUACGUGCCAUGUAACAUGGUGUCAGAGAUUCAGGUGGAGGACGAGGAGACCAGAGAGACACUCCUGCAGCAGGGCUUCCUGUCUACCGCAACAAACAUGGAGAAGAUAGGCACUCGCUCACAUGCACAGCUUCCGCAUCGCCCUGUCCCACCGCCGAAACCGAGACGAUCCAAGAAAGUGGAGGCUGCUGCGUUGUGGGACGACAGCUUAGACUCCUCCAGUCAAGAUCCCAGCCAAUCUGAUGUCGCUACGGCAAACCCGGCGGACACCGGUCCUCGCAGGAUGAAGGCCAUCUUUGAUUACGACCCUCGAGAGAGCUCUCCCAACGCUGACAUCGAGGUUGAGCUGACCUUUGGUGCCGGGGAUAUCAUCUAUGUGUUUGGUGACAUGGACGAUGAUGGGUUCUUCUAUGGUGACCUGAACGGACACAAAGGCCUGGUCCCAUCUAACUUCCUACAGGCUGCCCCAGAGGCUGCUGGGAAAGCUCCACCAUUUGACUCCCAGCCUCCGUCCGUAGCCGAGCCCAGGACAGAAUCGCAGGUGAGCCUGAGCACAUUCCCAGAGGAGGUUCCACAUCCACCCCUCCACACAGGGCUGACUGGCCCAGUCCACACACAUCCACCCCUCCACACAGGGCUGACUGGCCCAGUCCACACACAUCCACCCCUCCACACAGGGCUGACUGGCCCAGUCCACACACAUCCACCCCUCCACACAGGGCUGACUGGCCCAGUCCACACACAUCCACCCCUCCACACAGGGCUGACUGGCCCAGUCCACACACAUCCACCCCUCCACACAGGGCUGACUGGCCCAGUCCACACACAUCCACCCCUCCACACAGGGCUGACUGGCCCAGUCCACACACAUCCACCCCUCCACACAGGGCUGACUGGCCCAGCCCACACACAUCCACCCCUCCACACAGGGCUGACUGGCCCAGCCCACACACAUCCACCCCUCCACACAGGGCUGACUGGCCCAGCCCACACACAUCCACCCCUCCACACAGGGCUGACUGGCCCAGUCCACACACAUCCACCCCUCCACACAGGGCUGACUGGCCCAGUCCACACACAUCCACCCCUCCACACAGGGCUGACUGGCCCAGCCCACACACAUCCACCCCUCCACACAGGGCUGACUGGCCCAGUCCACACACAUCCACCCCUCCACACAGAGCUG